ACACCCGUGAUGCCUUAGCCAAAGGAGCACAGGGGAUGCUGAGCCCUGUGCCUGCCAGUCCCAAGGAAGAAAAAGGCCAAUGUCCUGUGGCAGCCAGACCCUCCCGGCACACCCUCUGCUGGCGGUUUGAUGGCACUGGCCCUCUCUGGGGCUGAUGCAGCUUUCUAGGGGGACGCCGGGACACGCUCACUGAGACUCUCACUCUUGCCCGGGUGAGUGCACAGGGUGUGGCCACCCCUCGGGGACCAUGCCGGAGAUGCUUCUGCUCAGGUCUGCCAGCUCCAUCCUGAGGACUGUGUUCUUAAACAGACUGCUGCCAGGUGGGCCUAGGUGCAUUCACAAACUUAGUUUGAACCUGCGGUACCAGCAAGGAGUAAGGCCGAAUGUGAGAAGCAGCUCCCUGACUGAUGGGCCAACACUCUCCAAGGAGCCCCUAAGCCAUGCACUCCAGCUCUCAGAGAAGGUGAAGGAUGACCAGCUGACUCCUCCUGAGGAGGCGCUAUGGACGACUCGGGCCGAUGGGCGGGUCCGCCUGCGCAUAGACCCCAGCUGCCCACAGACUCCCUACACUGUGCAUCGGAUGUUCUACGAGGCUCUGGACAACUACGGGGACCUCAGCGCUCUGGGCUUCAAGCGCCAGGGCACGUGGGAACACAUCUCCUACUCCCAGUACUACCUGCUGUCCCGCAAAGCUGCCAAAGGCUUCCUGAAGCUCGGGCUGGAGCGGGCCCACAGCGUGGCCAUCCUUGGCUGCAACUCCCCGGAGUGGUUCUUCUCGGCGGUGGGCACAGUGUUCGCAGGUGGCAUCGUCACCGGCAUCUACACGACCAGCUCCCCUGAGGCCUGCCAGUACAUCGCCCAUGACUGCCGCGCCAACAUCAUUGUGGUCGACACGCAGAAGCAGCUGGAAAAGAUCCUGAAGAUCUGGAAAAAUCUGCCACAUCUGAAGGCAGUGGUGACAUACCGAGAACCUCCUCUAAAGAAAAUGGCCAGUGUGUACACGAUGGAGGAAUUCAUGGAACUGGGGAAUGCGGUGCCUGAGGAGGCCCUGGACACCAUCAUUGAUGCCCAGCAGCCUAACCAGUGCUGCGUGCUGGUCUACACAUCGGGCACCACUGGGAACCCCAAGGGCGUGAUGCUGAGUCAAGACAAUAUCACAUGGACAGCACGUUUCGGCAGCCAGGCCGGUGACAUCCAACCCGCAGAGGUCCAGCAGGAGGUAGUGGUCAGCUACCUGCCCCUCAGCCACAUUGCUGCCCAGAUCUACGACUUAUGGACGGGCAUCCAGUGGGGAGCCCAGGUCUGCUUUGCCGAGCCGGAUGCCCUAAAGGGGAGCCUGGUGAACACACUUCGGGAGGUGGAGCCCACAUCCCACAUGGGGGUGCCUCGGGUGUGGGAGAAAAUCAUGGAGCGGAUCCAGGAGGUGGCUGCUCAGUCUGGCUUCAUCCGGCGCAAGAUGAUGCUGUGGGCCAUGUCGGUGACCUUGGAGCAGAACCUCACCUGCCCGAGCAGUGAUCUGAAGCCCUUCACCACCCGACUGGCAGAUUACCUGGUUUUAGCCAAGGUCCGCCAGGCACUGGGCUUUGCCAAGUGUCAGAAAAACUUCUACGGAGCUGCUCCCAUGACUGCAGAGACACAGCACUUCUUCCUGGGCCUCAACAUCCGCUUGUAUGCAGGCUACGGCCUCAGUGAGACCUCAGGCCCCCACUUCAUGUCCAGCCCUAACAACUACCGGCUCUACAGCUCCGGCAAGGUGGUGCCAGGCUGCCGGGUGAAGCUGGUGAAUGAGGACGCAGAGGGCACAGGGGAGAUCUGCCUGUGGGGCCGCACCAUCUUCAUGGGCUACCUGAACAUGGAGGACAAGACGCGCGAGGCCAUCGACAAGGACGGCUGGCUGCACACAGGCGACGUGGGCCGCCUGGAUGCCGACGGCUUCCUCUACAUCACUGGGCGUCUCAAAGAAUUGAUCAUCACAUCUGGUGGAGAGAACGUGCCCCCUGUGCCCAUAGAGGAGGCUGUGAAGAUGGAGCUGCCCAUCAUCAGCAAUGCCAUGUUGAUCGGGGACCAGAGGAAGUUCCUGUCCAUGCUGCUUACCUUGAAGUGCACUCUGGACCCCGAAACCUCUGACCCCACCGAUAACCUGACGGAACAAGCGGUAGAGUUUUGCCAGAGGGUGGGCAGCAAAGCCACCACCGUGUCUGAGGUCGUGGGGAAGAAGGAUGAGGCCGUGUAUCAGGCCAUCGAAGAGGGGAUCCAGAGGGUCAACAUGCACGCAGCUGCCCGGCCCUACCACAUCCAGAAGUGGGCCAUUCUUGAGAGGGACUUCUCCAUUUCGGGUGGAGAGCUGGGUCCCACAAUGAAGCUGAAGCGACUCUCAGUUCUGGAGAAAUACAAAGGUAUCAUCGAUUGCUUUUACCAAGAACAAACAAAGUAAUCGGGACCUUCCUUCUCUGGUUUCUUCCGAAGACGGCAGGCUGAGUAGUUCCAUCUGGGUGCACGGGCUUUGGGCAAGUGUUAGGUCUCCAGGUCGGGUGCAAUCCUGGCAUCUCCAUUUGCCGGGUCUCAUGCCAACAAUAGCUGACAAUUCCAAGAAGCUUCACGUGCUGAUAGUAUUAAGCAUUGCCUUUUGUUCAGGUUGACAAAUGAAAUCGGCUCUCCUUCCAGAACUAGGGCUGAUGGUUUCUGGCCUUAGUUGCAGGUAGAUUAACAAGCUGCUAGCUCACUUAACAGGGCAGCCGGUGGCAGGCUGGGUGUAGGGACAGGGAGGAGGUGGUAGGAAUGCUCAGUUGUAACGCACCUAAGGGCCCGGCUGACUCUGGAAUCUGCCUGGACAUUGCCAACCCCAUCAUCCCCUUACCAGGCACUCCACCAUGCACACGCCAACUGACUUGGACGCUUAAUAAAACUGCUGCUGCCUGUUGGACUGUAUUUAACGUGUAAUUUGAAAUUAAACUUUUUAACAGAACUGUCAA